CUCCGGCUGGAGCAGUCCCCAACGCAACCUACAGGCACUGGGAACUUGCAGGCAGCCGGGGACCGCUGAAUAAAGCACUUCGUUUUCUUUCUUUGUGUUCAAAACUAUUUUUCUUUCUUCCUUAGAUUUUGUUUUCUUCCUCUCCCCCCACUUUACUCCCCCCCCCCAGCAGUUGUUUCCCAUUAGUAACUCGAUCUCUCACUGCAGUUAGAUUCGCCUGCUUUCCCCUCCGUCCGCGUUUGUUUGUUUUCUGCACAUCUCCUUCUGGAAAACGCUGGACCUCCCCACCCUCCCGGCCCCCUUUCCUGUCGUUCUUUUGCCCCGAUCUGUUUCCUCUCAAGUAGACCUAUUUCUACUCUGUCGUUUACUUCUUUUCUCUCUUGUCCCCGUCCCCCACGCGUCUCUACGCUCCUGCACCGCGCAGCCCUGUGCGGUCGGUUUUGCUUCUUCACUCGAAUGAACUGAGAGCCCCAGGCUUGUGUUUAUGGAAAUAGUGGGGUGCCGAGCCGAAAACAAUUCGUGUCCUUUCCGCCCCCCAGCCAUGCUCUUCCACGGAAUCUCCGGAGGCCACAUCCAAGGUAUCAUGGAGGAGAUGGAGCGCAGAUCCAAGACCGAGGCCCGUCUGGCCAAAGGCACUCAGCUCAACGGCCGCGACGCGGGUAUGCCCCCGCUCAGCCCUGAGAAGCCUGCUCUGUGUGCCGGCUGCGGGGGCAAGAUCUCCGACAGGUACUAUCUGCUGGCCGUAGACAAACAGUGGCACCUUAGGUGCCUGAAGUGCUGUGAAUGUAAGCUAGCCCUGGAAUCUGAGCUCACCUGCUUUGCCAAGGACGGUAGCAUUUACUGCAAGGAGGAUUACUACAGAAGGUUCUCUGUGCAGAGAUGUGCCCGCUGCCACCUUGGCAUUUCCGCCUCGGAGAUGGUCAUGCGCGCCCGAGACUCUGUCUACCAUCUGAGCUGCUUCACUUGCUCCACUUGCAACAAGACCUUGACCACGGGAGACCAUUUCGGUAUGAAGGACAGCCUGGUGUACUGCCGCGCACACUUCGAGACCCUCUUGCAAGGGGAAUAUCCACCUCAACUGAGCUACACGGAGCUGGCGGCCAAGAGCGGCGGCUUGGCUUUGCCUUACUUCAAUGGCACUGGCACCGUGCAGAAGGGGCGGCCCCGGAAGCGGAAGAGCCCAGCUCUGGGAGUAGAUAUCGUGAAUUACAACUCAGGUUGUAAUGAGAAUGAGGCAGACCACUUGGACCGGGACCAGCAGCCUUAUCCACCUUCACAGAAGACCAAACGGAUGCGAACUUCCUUCAAGCAUCACCAGCUCCGGACCAUGAAAUCCUACUUUGCCAUCAACCAUAACCCAGAUGCCAAGGACCUCAAGCAGCUUGCUCAAAAGACAGGCCUGACCAAAAGAGUUUUGCAGGGAGAACAAAUCUUGGGGCAUUACAGCCAAACAUCCCGACGUUUGAAAAUUCCCUAAAGUAUUAAAAGAAGGGGAAAAGUUUGAUCGGAAAUCCACUGCAGUGAAGACAAAGACACUAUUAGGUUAUGAUAAUCAUACAUUUAAAAGUUUAUUGAACCAAAAGAGAGAGAGAGAGAGAGAGAGAGAGAGAGAGAGAGAGAGAAAGAGAGUGAGACUUAAAUGUCAUUUAUUGAAUGUUAACAAAACCUGUUCUUUAUGAUGUCCAACACAAAUGAAGGCUUAGCCUCUUGUGGUUUAACAAAAGAGCGAGAUAAACCAUGUCUAAAACCAGAGCAAGCUGGCAGUAAUAUGCCCUUCCCACAUUUGGAGAAAAUUAUUAUGGAAACAAUUCCCACACAUUUGUCAAGCACAAUAGCUGUAAAAUAAAGUACAAAAACAUCCAUUUCAUCUGCUUGCUAAUGUGUAUCAGUCCUACCUGUUAAUGGCAUUUUCCAAUUGUAAAUUCAGAGAAUAACUUCUACUCAUUAAUGAGAGAAUAGGGAUGAAGCCCAGUCAUUUUAGUACUAUUGUCUCCCCUUCCUUUCUAAACAGAAGGCUCUGCAUGCACUUUUGCAUCUGUCACCUCUAGUGUACACCUCUGUAAUGAUGACUUUGCUGUUUCCUGUAUGAUAAAUAGCUUUCAUUAAUAAACAUUUUAUUUGAUGCAAACAUAGUUAACUUUAUGUUAAGCACAUAUUGUUGAAAUUAAUUUUGAGCACUGUCUUAAAGAGGCAGGACAGUACACUUGUAGCUUGUUAUGCCCAGGGGAAAAAAAAAUCCAGACUAGAUAAUGAGGUGAAAUUAUUUUUUUUCUAACUUUUUAUGGCUUAUUUUUCACUUACUAUAUUUAGUUGACAUAUAGAUGAAAAUGAAAUAGUAGUCCCAAAUUACAGCAAAAAUAAAUAUCAGAAUAAAUUAUUAGGUAAAAUUUCAGCAAUCAUUUUUAGAACCUAGGGUAACAUUUAUAGAUUCUCUGUGAGUUUACACGUUCACUAUGCAAUGAGCAAAUUUAUUGAAGCAUACAAGUAUAUUCUGAGCUCUGACAUUUUGUUCUUUGUGUAGUUCAGGGUGCACAAGGCAUCAGAAACAAGGGACCAAUGGGCAAGAAGAGCAAAUAUUUAGGGAUGAGGCUUUUUUUUUUUUUAAACUGUGAAAGGGAAUACUUGAAGAAAGAAUUUUUCUAAAGCUACUUUUACUUAGCUGUAUAUCCAAAGCACAUGUUAAACAAGUUAGCAUGUAGAAUACUUUCCAGAAAAAAAUUUCCUUAUGAAAUUUUUAUUACAUACAAAUAAACCCUAUGUAAAAGAUGUAAGUUUUACCAAUGACAGACAUUUUUUAAAAAAUCCCACUUGUAUUUAUUCUCAGAAUUUUGAAUGUUUUCUCAAACACUUUCACUUCCUGAAUGCUAAACAAGGGGGAAAAAGUUUCAAGGACAGGUGUCAACUUACUAACAAUGCUCCCAGAAUGCACCAUGACAAGUGGACUACUUGAGUGAUCAUGGAACAUGUUGGUUUUUGUCAGUUCCUUGGAUGCUCAUGCCUCAUCCGACUCUCUUCCGUGGCACUAGCAACCUGAAUGGAUUUUCCAACACACUUUCAUCCAGAGUGUUGAAAUCUUGGUCGUGAAAGCUUUGCCUUCUUUUCCUGAUCUGUCACCUAGAGGGUAGUUUCAUUUUGAAAUAUUUUGGAAGUUGGCCUGUUUUUGCAGACUUUUAACUAUUUGUCUGGUAUGUGAAGUGCGGGAAGAGACCAAAGAGAGAAAGAACGUAGCUGAAAUUAGACAUCUGAAAAAAAUAAUACAAAUUUGAAACAGGCACAUUUGUUUUAAAAGGAGAGGAAAAGAACACUAAUUAUGUGUGAGGGAAGAGGAAAAAGCACGUGAAACAGACUUGGAAGGCCCAACACACUUUCCUAUGGUGUACGACAGUCAUCAGUCUGGGCAACUGCAAAUUUAUUGUUUGGCAUGGAAGACUGAGGACAUUUUAGAUGGGUGCAGGGCACCAGAUUUUAUAGCUUCUACCUCCCCAAUGCCUAGACAAGUCUAACUUCUGGCAAAUUGAUCCUAGGCACACAAACUCUUACCGACAGUAUCUGUGAACUUUGGUUGAAUACCACUGUAAUAUUGACUUACAUAGUAGGUAGGCUUUUGAUACUUCAAAUAGGGCAAAACUUCAUAACAGAGAAACCAAAGCACACAAGUCUUAAAGCCUUGGUGAUUUUCAUUACCUAAAAAGUCAAUAGCUUUAUUUAGCCAACCCCCUGUGGAAUUUGCUGUACAGAUUUCAGAGUGAAAGCCUCUUUUAUUAGCCACAUAUAAGAUAGCAUCAUUUUCUAUUGCAGUUUGCCUGCAAAGAACAUUGUGGUGUGAGGCAUUCAAAGUGGGAAGUGCUGAGGCAAAACCAUGGCAUUCUAUCAUUUUAGGCUUUUAAGGAAAUACAAAAUAUAAUGCUGUUGUUAUAAAAAUAUAAAGUUUUGGAUAGAGUUUUCUUAUUUCAUUUUCAACUGUGUCACUAGCACAGUAGCUUCACUUGUAGGAAGACUAUGAACUGCCAAGGAGAUCCAAGAUCUUUCAUACUAUAUGGUCACUAGACAUCAGGAGACAGUAAGAACACUGGGGCUUAGUCUAGAUUACAAAAAUAAUGUUGCAUUUUCCUUGAAAAUGUGCAUAUAGAAAAGGUCUGUAUUAGCCUGUGGGUGAAUCUAUUUUCUAUUUCUAAUGGGAAGUCAAUUCUGAAGACUGAAAGAAAAAUAACACUAACACAACAAAACUCUGAUGUACAACUCUUUGCUUUACAGGCAAUGGCAAAAAAUUGAAACUGAAUCUCUUUAGGUUUUGCUCUUGAUUUUUAGGUGGUUUUUCAUCAUGCCUAUUUUGUCUUUGUAAUAUUUCUCAAAUUAAUAUGAUUUCCUUUAUCUUCAAAAUAAUAUCCCAAGUUAAAAUAUUCUUUUUAAUGCCUUCUGGGAACAUUCCCAUUUUAUUUUACUGAAGUUCGUAGAAAAAAGAAAAAGUUCAGAACUGUGCAUGAUGCUCAAGGAAAUCCCUGAAUAGGAUGUAAGCAGCAAUAUAAUUGCCAGGAUUCAUUUCCUUGUUAACUGUGUUGCAAAAUAGAUGUUUCAACCAGACAGCACCUCCCGCUCCCUACAUUUCUCUGUGAACAGAAAUAAAAAAGUUAACCAACCCAACCAUGUAUCCAUUGGCAAGUUUCUCGUCUCUUGGAUUGUUGAUUUUUGCUUCUCCAUAUUACAUUUUAUCUUGUGCUGAAAUGUCAAGAAAAAGGCAAGGAUAAAGAUCCAGGCAUCAGCCCUGGGUAGAAAGUUCUGGUGUCUGUUUCUGUGUCCCUUCAGCUCCCUUGUUAGAACCAUCAAGAAUGUUUCUUUCUUUUGGACUUUUCUGUUUAUACCCUGCAUGAUCUCAGAAAUUACUCUGAAGAAUACCUGGAUACAUUUUAUGGUUAUUUGAAAUAAAAUUUGCUACAAAUAAGA